AUGGCCAACACCUGCAAGUGCAAGAUUGGCCCUUCAUUGCUGGCAGCAGACCUCUCCUGCCUCAAAGAAGAGGCUCUUAAGGUGUUAUCUGCUGGCGCCGACUACCUUCACCUGGACGUAAUGGACGGACACUUUGUGCCAAACAUCUCUUGGGGACCCCCCGUAAUUAAAUGUCUGCGCUCUCAUACCAAGGCUUUUUUUGAUUGUCACAUGAUGGUUUCUAAGCCCGAGCAGUGGGUCUCCGAUAUUGCAGCAGCUGGUGGCGAUCAAUUCACCUUCCACCUGGAGACAACGCGAGACCCACUUUCUCUCAUAAAUCAAAUUCGCCAGGCUCAAAUGAAGGUAGGUCUGGCGAUUAAACCAGGCACUAGUGCUGAGGCUGCCUUUCCGUAUCUGGAUCUUGUGGACAUGGUGCUCAUUAUGACCGUCGAGCCUGGAUUUGGCGGUCAGAGCUUCAUGGCUGACAUGAUGCACAAGGUUAUGAUCAUCCGUGCAAAGCACAAAACAAUGGACAUCGAGGUGGAUGGCGGAUUGGGUCCAUCAACAAUUGAUGCAGCAGCUAAAGCUGGUGCCAAUAUGAUUGUCGCUGGCAGUUCCGUUUUUAAGGCGGCGGAUCCAAAGGCUGUCAUUUUGCGGUUGCGACACAGCGUGGAGACGUUCGGCAAUGGCAAGGGUGAGGAAGAAUUAACGAAACCAUAUCCAAAUACAAUUUGCUCUUGA